AUGGUUGCUGCGAGAAAGCUUGUCAAUGAGCUAAAGGAAGCACGCGACAGUGGCGAUAAAGCUGACAUUGGCCUUCUUGAAGACCUCAGGAAGUUGAAGCCGGAAGGCCCAAUCCCAACGGACAGGAAGGAGGCCACGCGGCUGUACCUUUCAUUGCGUGGCCUUAUCAAGGAGGAGGUAGCAGCUGAGGAGAAGUGCAGCAUCAUAAACGAGGAGCGAACACUUGAAGACGGGGAGUACACACUUGAGGACAAGGAGGACAAAAAGAAGAAGAAGGACAAGAAGCAAAAGAAGCGAAAGAGCAAAGGAGGAGAACAUGCAACGGAGAAGAAAGCAAAGAAAGCGAAGAAGGAGAAAAAGCACACGGAAGACAAGAAGCACAAUGAGGACUAA